AUGUCAACAUAUCAACCAAUGAGCGCGCGAGACCGUGCCAUCAAACACUUACAGAGUCUCACACCUGGACUAGCCAAGCCAGGGGAAGCCACCGAAGUUUAUAAGGAUGUUGACGAUCUGGCCUACGCUCUAUCUCGAGUGCCCACGUUUACACCUCGACCAGUGAGUAUUAUUGCGAUUGGUGCGGGUUUUGCAGGUCUUUCGAUGGCCAGGGCUGUUAGCACUGGCAAUCUCCACAAUGCUAGCAUUACGGUCUAUGAAAAGAACAGUGAUGUUGGAGGCACGUGGUAUGAGAAUCGCUACCCAGGAUGCGCCUGUGAUAUACCGGCACCCAAUUACCAAGCAAUCUACCAGUUCUCCUGGGCACCGAACCCAUUCUGGAAAUCGUAUUACGCUAAGCAAGAAGACAUCCUAUCAUAUAUGAGAUCAGUUGCUGAACAGCAUGACUUGCGGCGAUACGUGAAGACAUCUCACAAGAUCACCAAUGCUUCUUGGAUCCCAGAGCGCGAGGUAUGGCAAGUCACUGUCACCAAAACUGACGGCAGGGAUCUCAUCAUUUCAAGCCCAGGCGUUACAGAUGGUGAGACGUCGACUACAUUUGUGGAAGAAUGUGAUAUCCUCAUCAACUGCACCGGUUUCUUCAACCACUGGAAAUGGCCCAACGUGAAAGACCGAGAACAGUUCGAAGGAAGGAUGCUUCAUUCAGCAGCCUGGCCACAGGAUGCUGAUAAAGACAUCAAGGGGAAAACAGUGGCACUGAUCGGUAAUGGAAGCAGUGGUGUACAGAUCCUCCCUGCCAUCCUCAAUGACGCAGAGAGGAUAUAUGUCCACAUUAGAAGUCCGACAUGGGUCACUACCAACUUCGCUUCCAAGUUUGCAGGUCCCGGUGGAUCGAAUUAUGAUUAUUCCGAAGAGCAAAAGGCUGCUUGGGCGAAAGACCCAGAUGCAUAUCUACAGUACAGGCGCCAAAUCGAGCAGGAACUCAACAGUCGUUUUGGUCUAUACGUAGACCACUCUCCGGAGCAAAAGGUUGCUCGCGAGUAUGGAAUUCGUGAGAUGGCCAACAAGCUUGGAGAGAGACAGGACUUGCUUCAAGCGCUGCUCCCGGACUUUGCUGUUGGGUGUCGUCGUCCAACACCCGGCAAUGGGUAUCUUGAGGCUCUGACGUCUCCCAAGGUACAGGUAAUCUGGGGCACAGUCGAGGCCUUCACUAAGAAGGGCAUCCGUACCUCGUCUGGCCACGAAACAACUGACGUCGACACAAUCAUCUGCGCCACCGGCUUCGACUUGUCCUGCGCCCCUCGCUUCCCAAUCAACGGUCUCAACGGAACCAAUCUCCAACACCUCUGGACCGAGAACCCUCGGUCCUACCUCUCAGUCACAGCGGAAGACAUGCCCAACUACUUCAGCUUUCUGGGUCCAUUCUCUCCGCUCGGCCAUGGGAGUCUCGUAACCUCGAUUGAAAUGGUGACCAAGUACAUCACCGACUUUGUGAACAAGCUUCAAACUCAAAACUACAGCUAUUGCGUUCCCAAGGAUCACAUACCCGCUGCUUACCAGAAACAUGCCCUCGCAUGGCUUAACAAGACGGUUUGGGCGAGUAACUGCAGCAGUACGUUUAAGAACGGGACUGCUGGCGGACAGCUUAACAGUUUACAUCCUGGUAGCCGGAUUAAUUAUUUUGAGCUUCUGCGUACUCCAAGGUGGGAGGACUUUGAGUGGAAGAGUCUUUGCGAGAGUGAGGACUUGACUUUUGCUUGGCUGGCGAAUGGAUUCACGUAUAGGGAAAAGAACCCGGCUGACUAUCCAGAUACAACUUGA